UGUCUACAUGGUUUUGCUAAUGUGUACUUGUGGAACAUACCACUCAGUAACGAAAAUGGCUGUUCCACUGUUAAUACUGUCCACACUUGUAACAUCAGUUCUCAGUCAAAGCUGUAACAUUAGAGAUACAGACGAGGGAAGUGUCUGCGUCUGCAAUGCAAAAUACUGUGACACUGUUCCAGAAUUGGAUGUAUCUACUGGAAAAUAUCAACUGUAUUCUACCAGCAAGGCCAAAUUAGGCUUCUACAGCACCACCGGAUCUUUCGUUGAAAAUACUGAUGGAGAAGAAAGCUCCAUCACUGUCGAUCAAGAGACGAAGCAUCAAAAUAUCAUCGGAUUUGGUGGGGCUUUCACAGACUCUGCAGGUAUCAACAUAAAGGGACUACCAGAAGCGGCACAAAAAAAUUUAAUCGAAAGCUAUUUUGGUAGCAACGGUAUCGCAUAUAAUUUGUGCAGGGUUCCCAUUGGUGGAACUGACUUUUCAACAAGAGGAUAUUCUUAUGAUGAUGUUGAGGGGGACGACACGUUGGAACAUUUUGCGCUUCAACAGGAUGAUUUGGAUUACAAGAUUCCCUUUAUCUUACAAGCAAAGGCGUUGAGAAACAACAACAUUAAACUAUUUGCCUCUGCCUGGUCUGCGCCUACUUGGAUGAAAACGAAUAACAAUUGUUCUGGCAUGGGCAGUCUUAAAGAUGAAUACUAUCAACUUUGGGCCGAUUACAUUUUGAGGUUUUACGAAGAAUACGAUAAGCAUAACAUCUCCUUCUGGGGUAUGACUUCGCAGAAUGAGCCUAGUGUUGGAUUAACAAUCCCUUCGAAAGGUAAUUCUAUGGGCUGGUCGCCCACACAAAUGGUAAGUGCCUCCUAUGGGAGAAUGUAUUAUCAAAAUUUCGAAAUAAUUAAAUAUUUAUUGUUGCUGUUUAGUGGAUAAUACUACAGCUCCUUUCUAGUAAAACAAAACCAUCGUCUAGUUUAUAAAAUGAGUUUAUAUUAUUAUAAAUAUCCUUUUUUAAUGAAUAGUAAGUCAUGGCGACAUUUAUUACAGAAAUUUUAUAAAAAAAGUUUUUUUUAGAAAUAUUAUUUACUAAUUUUCUUGCAAAAUGUAUUUCGUGACACCCUAAGUUUUGUGAAAGUAGAAUAUUAAACACGAAAUAGUUUUAAAGUGAUAGGUAACACAGGUGACAAAACACAUUUAAUUUUACAAUUAAAGUGAAUGUUUUUUUGAUGAAAUGUGGCACAAACCCAAUUGAGAGGACGUAAAGUCCAACAGCCUACUCAGAUUUUAAAUUAAAAGUUUAUUAUCGCAAUCAAUGUUGUCAAAUAAUAAUUUUGUAACAAAAAUAAGUAAAUAAUAAAUGUGUUAUGAAAGAAUGAAAUCAUCAUAGAGAUAAAUGUGAUUUAAGCUAAGGUAGAUAUUAUUGUCACGCGUUAUCCUGAAACAUACUGUAGUCAAGUCACAGAACAUGACCUGACAACAAUAUGUGUCUGUAUGAAAAAAUAAAAUAAAAUGAAAUGACAUAAUAUGAAAUGAAAUGAAAUAAAAUAAA